UAGUAUACAGUGACAUACACAGUCACUUGGCAGCACAUAUUAUGAACACUUCCUUGUUAAUAUUACAGUGCAUGAACACACACACACACACGUACAGAGGGCAGAGGUCUUACCUUAAAGAUCACGGCUUCUGUCCUGUUUUGCCCUCCAGAGAACCACUGUCUCUCUUUCCUCCCAUUAUUUUUGCCACUCUCUUUUUCUCACUUCCUAAGAGGAUAAUCUGCAGAGUUUGUCCUGACAAUCUAAAAAAGGUACUCUUCUAUACUCACUGUUUUUGACAUGAGCAGCUGUCAGAACCACAGUCAGGGCUGUCGUCCUGUGGCAGCACUGCGUUGGUGUGUAGGUGCGUGCAUGACAGAAGGGCUUUGACUUUGUCCUCAUCCUGGAGGAUUAACCUUCAUCCUGUUAGCUGCCUUCCAAUAUCUGACCAGUGUGUGUGUGUGUGUGAGUGUGUGUAAGUCACCUCAGGGAUAAUGAGCAUUUUUAUCUCAGUCCAGUUAAGGACAGUGGACAGGAGUUAUUUUUAUUAUGAGGUUUACACUUUGACCGCCCAGCACUCUAGAUCAUCAUGAAUUAGAAAAUAAGAAACAUCUCAGGUGCAAAAAUGGAAAUGUGAAAAAUGAAAAAAAUGUAUUUCCAACUAACAGCAUUCAGAAAAACAACAAAAAGGCCCAAGAUAUGAUUCUGACUUCUUUCCGCAGCAACAAAAUAAAACACACUUUCAAAAAGAUAGAAAUGCUUCUUUGACAACAACAUGCAAAUUAACUUUAUUAUUUUAACCAACUGUUUAAAAGAUUGACAUACGGUUAAUGUAUAUGAAUUCUUAACUUAAUUCUUUGACGUGCUCCAAAUCUGUGUUUCCUGAAUGUACUCUACUUUAAAGGUAUUUAGUCAUGAUUGUUCUAAACCCUGGUGGUGUGGUUUUUUAAAAGCUAAGUUAGCUUUUCUUCAGCCAGAUAAGAGUAUGACACACUGAGAACCAGGCAGCUGUGUCACACACACUAACGUACCCUAACCAACAGAGACCAACGCCUUUUUCUACUGUCGUUCCAGAAUCUGAAACGUCUUCAGAUUUGGACAACCAUCCUGUGUGAGAGCUUACAAAAAGAAAAAUCUUUCUGUUCACAAAAUGGCAGAGCAGGUGUUACUGCUGUCCGCUGGUCUGUCUCUGGGCUUCCUGUCGCUGCUGCUCCUCAGUCUGAUGUUGUGUUAUCUGUGGAGGAAGAGGAAAAAUCAGGGUCAGUACGAGGAGCUGUCCUCCCCGGUGCCCUCAGUCCCAGCAUGCUCUGCACCAGUCAUUCUGGUCUCACAGUGCACCUGGACCACGCCCGGAGAGAUUCCUUUCACGCUGCCUCCUCGUUUAACAACACACAAGCAGAGUGAUCUGGAAAUGGAGGAGAACGAGACAGAGAUGAAGGUGGAGACUCAGCAGGACAUAUUAGCACAUCGUGGGUCACUCUCUGUGAGGAGCUGGUAUCCAGUGGGAACGGUCCACGCCGGCCUGUACUCUUCUUCUCCCCUGAAGGAGGUGGUCGCUCCUCCGCCCGGCAUGGCCACCCGCCUGUGCUUCUCUGUGGAGUACAGACACAGUGGAGAGCAGCUCAUGGUCACGCUGUUCCGCUUGGGUAACCUCCCCCCACGCUUUCACCGCAACGUUACCCUGGUGGAGCUGAGGCUUCUCCCUGAUGACCGGCGGCCAAGACAGGCCAAGGCCCGGGGCACGGGCCCUGAUCCGGAAUUCAGCGACUGCUUCAUUUUCCAGGUGUCAGCAGUGUGUGUCCCUCGGAGCACCCUGAGUGUGUGUGUGCUGAGUGUGGAGCAAGAUUGCAAACGACUUCCUGUGGGCAAAAUCCUGUUUCCUCUUGAGGGUGAGCUUAGUCAGGGUGGACGGGUUCUGUGGAAAGAUCUCGACAGAGCAGAUGACACAAAGUACUCGGAGCAGGGAGAUGUGCAGGUAUCACUGAGCUACAGUCCAACUCAGCAGCGCCUCUCUGUGGGGGUUUUGGGAACACGGGGGCUUCAGGUGCUCACAGAUACAGGUGUGUGUGUCCAGGUGAGCUUGCAGAUACACACUCAGGUGGUGAAGAUGAAGCGCAGCAGUGUGGUGAAAGGAGAGAAUGACCCCUGCUUUGACCACAGGAUGGCCUUUAAACUUCGCUCACAGCACUUAGAUGAGGCCUGUCUGAGGUUUGAGCUGCAGCAGCCUCAUUAUAUCAACACAGAGGCUCCACUCUUGCUGGGAGAUCUGGUUCUAGGACCCUUCAUGUACGCUAAGGGCCCACAGCUUCAGCACUGGAUGGACAUGGUCAACAGGCCGCAGGAGACAGUGGAGCAGUGGCACAGACUGAGCAGAGCCACCUAACAUUUCAAAACACAUAACAAUCAAAAACAAAAUAUAGUCAAUACCUCCAAACAAAUAAUAAUAAUAAAUGAUCAUUUAUUCACAAUAGAUUAAAGCCCCAAAAAGGAACUGCGUCAUUAUUGCUGUCUUUAAAGUGAUUGAUAAUAAUGUGUAUGUUGCUUUUUAUUUUUUGUCUAUUACAAUUGAACUAAAGUGACUAUUGUAAGAUUUUUUUAGAUGUCCAGUUGAUUUAAGAGUGUAUUAUAUUUGAAUUUUCUUUAUUCAUGCAUGCACACCAAUAGGGUGGUAACAAUAUGUCUGCAGAUUCAAGGUAAUUACCUUAAGGUAAAGAGUUAUCAAACGUUUUUUCAGUAAACAGUGCAGUUAACUACCCCCACCGCCCCAAUUAAUAAUAAUUGAAAAAAUUGAGAUACCUCCCCUAAAACUCUAAAUUUGUUUUGCUGAGUGUU